CAGACUCUCAGCCCACUACAAUUGAAACGGUGAGGAGCAAGCGAACUCAUUUUGAUACGUUCAUCCUGCACCUUGUGAGAGUCUGCCGCAAAACCCCUAAAACCUUGAACGUUCUCUGCCGCAAAAUCGACCAGUACCCUUGCAAUUCUCCUGCAAAAGGAGAGAGCUAUGAGCAGCUAUUCUUCAUCCGAAUCCCAAGAUAAUGAAUAUAAUUGAGGGUGUUAUUAGUGUUCACUUCAUUUUCUUAGCAACAAUGCGACUUUACCUGCGCGGUCUCUUCCACGUUGGUCGUAGAGCCUCUUGCCGUGUAAGCCCUCUCUCUCCGAACACCCUGAACUCCAUUAACCCAUUUUUCAAUACUAUCACUGUUUCUUCAUCGCAUGUUUCUUUCCUUGAUUGCCCUUUGAUUUGGUUCACCAGCUUCCUUUACAUAAUCAGAUACCCUUUUGUCAGCAAAUCAAACCCCAACAGUAUUUGCGAUGAUAUUAGUAAAGAAUCAAUUUGUAAUAUUAUUCAAAUUAUUCAACAAGAGCAGUGGGAGGACAAUAGGAUUAUCGGUUUGUUUGACUCGGCGCUGGCGCCCAUAUGGAUGUCUAGGGUUUUGGUGGAAUUGAAAGGGGAUCCAAAGUUAGCUUUGCGGUUCUUCAAAUGGACAGGAAGCCGAAUCGGGUUUUGCCACACCACGGAGUCAUAUUGUAUCUUGAUUCAUAUAUUGUUUUACGCGAGAAUGUACUUCGACACUCAUAGGAUUAUUAGAGAGUUAGUUUUGUUGAAGUGGGUUUUGCCAGGUUGCCAUGUGUUUGACGUAUUGUGGUCGACAAGGGGUGUUUGUGUUCCAGGGUUUGGUGUGUUUGAUGCUUUAUUUAGUGUUGUAACUGAGCUAGGAAUGCUGGAGGAAGCGAGCGAGUGUUUUUUGAGGAUGGAGAAGUACAGGGUUUUGCCAAAAGCUCGGUCUUGUAAUGAACUUUUGCAUAGGCUUUCAAAGUCAGGGAAGAGGGAAUUGUCGAGGAAGUUUUUUGAAGAUAUGGUUGGGGCUGGAAUUAGCCCUUCGGUUUUCACUUAUAAUAUAAUGAUAGACUAUAUGUGCAAAGGAGGAGAUUUGGGAGCCGCUAGAAGGUUGUUCGAAAAAAUGAAACAAACUGGCCUUAUGCCCGAUGUUGUCACAUAUAAUUCUCUUAUUGAUGGAUAUGGAAAGUUUGGGUUCUUGGAUGAAUCGGCUAGUAUAUUUGAAGAAAUGAAGGAUGCAGGUUGUGAACCUGAUGUAAUAACGUAUAAUGCUUUAAUUAAUUCUUUCUGUAAAUUUGAAAGAAUGCCUCAUGCUUUUGAGUUUCUCCAUGAGAUGAAGAUCAAUGGGGUGGUACCGAAUGUUGUAACUUAUAGCACUUUAAUCGACGCAUUUUGUAAGGAAGGGAUGAUGCAAGAGGCAAUUAAAUUUUUUGUUUACAUGAGACGUGUUGGUCUUCUGCCGAAUGAAUUUACUUACACUUCUCUGAUUGAUGCAAGUUGUAAAUUAGGCAAUCUAAAUGAUGCUUUGAAGCUGGCUAAUGAGAUGCUGCAGGCAGGAGUUAACUUGAAUAUUGUCACCUACACAGCUCUAGUGGAUGGUCUUUGUGAAGGUGGGAGGAUAAAGGAAGCAGAAGAAGUUUUUCAGGCAAUGCUGAAAGCUGGAGUAAUUCCUAGCCAGAAAACUUAUACUGCCCUUGUUCAUGGGUAUAUUAAGGCUUGUAAAAUCGAGAGUGCUAUGGAUAUGUUGACAGAAAUGAAGGAGAAGAGCAUCAUACCCGAUAUAGUGCUGUAUGGGACCAUCAUUUGGUGCCUGUGCAGCCAAAAUAAGCUUGAAGAAUCUAAGCUUUUAAUCAGGGAAAUGAGUGCUUGUGGUGUAAGUGCAAAUCAUUUUAUAUACACAACCCUUAUGGAUGCUUAUUUCAAGGCAGGAAAAACUGCAGAGGCUCUCAAUCUGCUACAGGAGUUACAGGACCUGAAUAUUGAGGUCAGUGUUGUUACUUAUUGUGCACUAAUUAAUGGUUUGUGCAAAAUGGGAUUGGUUGAAGAGGCAAUCAAGCAUUUUAAUAGCAUGGACGACAUUGGUAUGCAACCUAAUGUUGCAGUUUAUACAGCGUUAAUUGAUGGUCUUUGUAAAAAUAAUAGUAUUGAAGCAGCCAAGAAGCUGUUUGAUGAAAUGCUGGACAAGGGUGUGAUUCCUGAUAGAAGUUCUUACACUGCUUUAAUUGAUGGGAACUUAAAGCAUGGGAAUCUUCAGGAAGCUUUGAAUUUGCGAGACAUAAUGAUUGAUUUGGGUAUGGAGUUUGAUCUGCCGGCAUAUACUUCUUUGAUUUGGGGUUUUUCUCGGUGUGGCGAGGUGCAACGAGCAAAAGAGCUGUUUGAUGAGAUGAUUCAGAGGGGUCUCCUUCCUGAUGAGAUUCUGUGUAUAUGUCUAUUGAGGAAGUAUUAUGAGCUGGGAAAAGUGGAUGAAGCCAUUGAAUUGCAAAAUGAGAUGGUCAAAAAGCGUCUAAUUACUUGCAGUGAUGAUCUCGCAGUUCCUACUUUACAAACUUGAGAGGGAAAUAUAUUUCCAGCCUUAGUUUGACGGAGCUGUGUUCAGUGUUUGGAUCAGAAACACAACACAGUUUACCUUUCCUAAGUGGGAAUAUGAGAACCCAAGGUAUACAUAAUUCCUCACUUGUUUCUGACUGGAUGGAAUGAUGUUGCGAAGUGAUGUUUGAUGGUUCAUGAUUAGAUAAAUAGGAUGGUGCUGAUACUUAUUGGUAUUGUGUUCAAAGUUCUAUGUGGUCUCAUCAUGCAAAUUUUGCUACCAGAUGGGUUUUAGUUUAAAGUUCUCAGGCGAUCUUCAGCAGAGAAAUCAGAUGAUGUUAUUCUAGUUCAAUUACAUUAAAUUCUUGCUCAAGGACAUUCGUGCCAACUUUGAACACCUACAGUAGUUAUCUUUGCUGUGGGGUAUCAUAGCCUUGAGGUGGUUGCCCAAUUGCAUGACAAACAUCGAGAGAAAGAUGACUAAGAUGCAGAAUUGAGUGGAUGAAGAUUAUAUGCAUAAGCCCCAAGCUCAACCCCAAAGGAAUUUCUUUUAUGCUUGCGUAAUGCUGGAAUUUCAAGUGGCACAACAACAUAGAUUUAUAUAUUUUUGGGAAAGCAUGCCAUAUACACCCAUGUGGUUUGGACUUUUGAGACCCCAUUUUCAAAAACUAUAUGGAUAUGGUUGGUGGGUGAAAUGAGGAGUGAUAGCAUGCCAAAUUCUACUGGUAAAAAUUGGAGUUCCGCGUCUUGGUAAGAUAGCAGCUGUAAAUUCCUCUUGGAUGAAUGCUGUUAGCUGCUUAGUUAUAUACAAGAUAUGAAUCUUGUUUAUAUCCGAUACAUAUCAAGGCCAACAUCUUCGAAAGUAAUUCCUACACUGUUUCAUUGCUUGGUUAAUUAUCCAUAAUGAUUUACUACAUUGGAUGUUCUUUAUAGUGUCUACAUUGCUGUCAUCACGAUGCAAGUUGAUCUUGGAAAGUUUUUUGCUUGAAUGGACUGUUAAAUAAGGGGAAAGCUCGAUUGUAAUUAUUGAGUGUUAGCAUGGGCUGCUAGCAUUCCCAUUGGAAUUUCUGUGAGAAGACUCGAUUUGACAGAAAUGCAAGUGACUACUCAGGCCACUUUCACAAUGAGAAGAUGAUAUUCUCAGAAGCUGUGAGAAGCUUACCUGCUGUUGAAAUUCCAAUAGGAAGUCUUUGAACUUUGGAUUCUUGGUCUUGUUCUCAGUCUUUAACUAUUAGAUGGUUGUGUGUUUUAUAAUCGAGGUAAAGAUUGCUGCUUGUUUAUGCACUUUACAUAUCUUAAAGCACCAUUUCUUUUGACUCGGUAUGGUUUGUACAUUGCCUUCCUUAAUGAGAAGGAAUGACUGCUUCUAUUGAAUGGAUGGAAUUAUUUGGCAAGUUCGUAGAUUUCAAGGAGUGGUCAGAUGAUUAUUAAUUGGGGAAAUUUCUGCAACCAGUUCUGAAUGUAUGUAAAAAGAAGCUUGGUCUUUCUUUGGUCUAGUUGAGGCGGGAAGCUCAGUCAUGGUGACCCUUGUUCAUUGGUACUAUUCCAUUGUUUAUUUUUUAAUCAUUUUUGUUGAAUCCACCUUUGAAUUUGUGAUAACAUGGAGAAGUACUAGGCAUUGUAUGGAAUUCAGUUUGAAAAUGCUUUAGUCAUAAAGAGAUUU